UACAAAAACUUUCAUGGAUAAAUUAAAAGAAACCAUUGAACAGCUGAGGUACUGCAUGGAUGAUGUCAUUCUGAUGCAUUUUUUUUUGAAACAGAUGGAUAACUUUUCACAAGUCAAUUCUGUGUAUAAAAGCUAUUUUUUUUUUAAUCCUCCUUCAAGGUCUUGUGUUGAAGCAGACCUUGAAGAAGGAUGCAUACUAAUGCUUGAUUGUUUUUUUUUUAAAUGCAUCACUUUACAAAAUGAGAAUAAAAAUGAUGAUGAUGCUGAAAGACAAGAGAGACCAUGCUAUAGAAAAGAGUCUAUGCAUGUCCAAAGUAUAUCUCACUGUUUUUUUUCUAACAUUGGCCCAUACAGUCAAGUUACAAAGGUUGGUCCCUUGAUUUUUUUUUCUGGUAAYAUUGGUUUAUGGCCUGCAAGUAUGACAAUAAUCMAAGGUGGUUUUUUUUUAGAGGCAGCCUUAGCACUUCGACAUGUUGAUAGGAUUAUUACAGCCUUCAUUUUUUUUACACAAUCAUUACUUCAUGGAUUGUAUGGUAUUUGCUAUGUAACUCGUCAUCAGGACAUUGCAAUGGCUGAGGAAGCCUUCAAAACUGCCUUACAAUCAAAGAUAUGUGAAAAUGCUAAUUGYGAGAUGGAUAUUGAACGUCUGGUUUUUUUUGUUAUAGUACCUUCAUUACCUAAAGGAGCAUUGGUGGAGUGGCAGUUUAUUUCACAUCAAUAUCUUGAGAAGUGUAGAGGUUUGUCGAGUGUUGCUCAAUGUGAGAAUGCUUCAUUGGAAUUCCGAGGAUUAUUCUAUCAGAGUGAAGAGUUAACGACUUGUUGUGUAGUCAAAUGCGAUUUUGCUGUGGAUGACUCUGGAGACGUUUUUAUUCACGAAAUUUUUUUUUCUUAU